UAUAUUUUAAAAAAUUGUAUUGUAAUGUGUAAAUCUUGUGAGGAACAACCAGCUCGAUGCUGCUCAAUUUUCUACGCAGCUUUCUGCAUUGCAUGCGGUCUCUUCAUGCUCAUGGUUUCGGUUCACAAUGUAAUACUUUUGAAGAGCUCCAUUACAAUUCUGGAUUUUUAUUUGCAUAUGCAUGGUGCUGAUAUGUCCCCCAAAACUUUCACCAUCGUUUACUCGAUGGAUUUGCUUUUCGCCCUUUCGUAUUUCAUCGCUGGAGCUUUGCUAGCUUUUGGCAUCAAACUGAACUCAAAGGGGAUUUUCCAGGCUGGAAAGGUCUUGAGCUAUUUCUUUCCAAUAUUUAACGUCCUUUAUGUAUUUCCAUUAAUUGUACAUAUUGCCGCCUCAGUAAAAUUAUGCAGAUAUACAAAUGAUAACUUCAGUUAAAUUAUUUGCAUUUAUUCAUACGAAAUGGAGCGGACAGCAUUAAAAUUGACUGUGCAGGAGAAGAAAAUACUUAUAAAAUAAAUGUAUAAAUAUACAUUACUAAAUUUUGGAAUAGGUUCAAGCUAUUGUUAUCGAAUUAAGUAAACAGCAUUUGUAAAUGGUAAAAUUAUUCAGUAAGAAACAGCUGAUCUUUGACUAUAGUCUAAUGAAAUGAAAAUGGUUCGAAAUCCACUGUGUACAAUAAGGCAAAUAUUUAUUUUUAUUGAAUGUUGAAGGAGUGAAGCCAAUUGUUGUUUAUAUACGUGGUAAAAUUAUGAUGCAAAUAUGGAGGAAACGUGUCAAUAAAACUUACUAUAGAUUUUUAUUGGGGAAAAUAUUUUGCUUGCGAUCAUUUGUUUGCACCAUUUGUACUUUGUAAAACUAGUCUGCAGUAUAUGGAAAACGUUAAAAAUUCGCAGUGACAACGGAUCGCAUGGAAUAAAAUUUGCAAUGCAAUUCAAAAUUGAUCAGCAUUACACUACUGCAAACAAAUUUAAAACACUUGUCCA